AUGCACGACCACGAUCCUCGUGGAACUAACUUCUCAGUUAGAACAUCGCCUCCACAGGUCUGUGACUUUCUCACCAACACCCAGUGUUUCUCCAAACAACAGCAGCCUCAACAACAGCAGCAGUGCCAACAACAACAGCAGCCUCAACAACAACAGCAGUGCCAACAACAAAGUCAUAACCAGAUGCAGCAGCAACAGUAUUUACAAAACUAUCACCAUCCGCAACAGCAACAACAUCAUCAUCUUCAGCAACAUCAGCUGCAGCAGCAUCCUUUAAGUCAGUAUCCCCAACAGCAUUUAAAUGUUGGCUACGACAGCCAGUCGACUUUCAGCUGUUCAACAUUUACAACCGCCUCUCCCAACAUCGCCAAAGAAGUUUGCCAUGUUGAUGAUUUUGAAGAUGUUGACGAAGACCAAAUAAGUGACCUUGACGAAGAGGAAGAACUUCGUUUGAGCUACGAGCAUUACCGCCAAAACUUUCACAGACAACCGGAUGUGACGUCUCAACUGCUGCAAUUUGCAGACAUGGUGAGUGCAGACAUCAAGAAGUUCUUCGGACGUACUAAAGACCAGGAUGACUCUUGCGAUGUGUACGCCGAUAAAUGGGCAACUGUAAAAUCAGGCAGAGAACUGUAUUACGCUGAUCUGUUACGGAUAGCACAAGGAGAGUCGGAAACGACUACCAAAUCAACGAGAAAGUCGUUGUCGUCUUUAUCAUCCACGUCGUCUUCAUCGUUAUCUCCCCAUCAAGAUUUGGACACCAGAUCCCAGUUUAGUGGCAGAAGGGACGAUUCGAUCGGUGUAGGUCCGCUCAGUGAACUGUUUGAGUAUAAAUUUCCUAGCCUAAUGUAUAGUAACAGAGAACAUCAGGCUACUCCAUCGAGUUCAAUAUCUAAAAGGAACCCUCAGUCUUUUCACCGUUCACACAAAUCGACAGUUCGUGUUGUCCCCAUGCACGAGCGUAAACUUCCAGAAAGCUUUUGGAGGGAACCGUGCGCUAGACGAAACCAAUUGACUUGUAGCUAUAGCAACAGAUUAGACGCUUCUCAAAAUAACCUGCUUUCCUCUUCAAAACUACCCGACUUCAGCGAUCUUGUGGAAAGUUGGCAGGGUGGAAAUUACAAUAUGACUUCCAGGGAUAUCAACAAAACAGACUCAAGGCACAGACCUGUGGAACAGCAACGAUUAUAA